CGGAAGCCCGCACACCAACAGCAGAAGACAACAGAAGCAGCAAGCAGCCAUUAACGUGAGAUUGACGACAAUACAAACAACACACAGCGUGUAAGCAUUUCUCACCUCAGAUUGUUUCCCCACUCAGCACUACAUUGACCUGUGAGGACGAUGGGCAGGAGCAGGAGUCGAACUCCUCCGAGAAGAGAGAGAAGGCGUUCCCGCUCAACUUCACGGGAGCGUGAGCGAAGGCGAAGGGAGAGGGAACGCUCUCGAUCCCGAGAUCGGGACAGAGAACGGCGGAGAAGUCGGUCAAGAUCUCCUCACAGGAGGCGUUCAAGGUCCCCUAGGCGUCAUCGGUCCUCCUCCCUUGACCGACGUGAAGAUGAUCGCAAAGACGUUAAGGAAAAGACUGCAAAGUCCAUUCAGAUCUCAGAGGAGGACAUGCAGGGCAAAACAGAAGAUGAAAUUGAGAUGAUGAAACUGAUGGGAUUUUCUUCCUUUGACACCACCAAGGGGAAGAAAGCUGAUGGAUCAGCCAAUGCACAUGCUGUCAAUGUGACCAUGAAGAGAAAAUACAGGCAGUACAUGAACAGAAAAGGUGGAUUCAACAGACCACUGGACUUCAUCGCCUAAAAGUAUCAACAACUCAUUGUGAUGAAGCUUACCUCCAUUCUCCCCUCACAGUAGUGGAUGAUAUUGUGCUAUUGUUUUGUUAUUUCAAACCCAUUUUGUGUUAUGCAGCAAAUGUGUGUAUAUUCCUUUUUCUAUAAGUGAACAUGUGAAUAAUAGUGCUUGCAAAAACCACAGCUGAAUAUUGAAAAAUGACUGUGGACACAAUGCAUAGAGCUUAGUGUUGUUGAGGUGUAUUGGGUUUUAUCUAAAAUAAAAGCUUUUCAAAAAUG